UCUCCCAACUUGCCACCAUGGCAUGGAGACAUCUUUGGCCUUUUCUACACUGCCCUUGUAUCCCAGGAUCUGAUCCCAGAUUAUCUGCUUUGAACUGGAUUAUAUGUAUCUAGAUAACUGGGAGAAGCAGAUAAUCUGGGAUCAGAUCCUGAGACAGAAGGGCAGUGUAGAAGGGGCCUUCAUAGGGCUGGUGUGUGUGUCCUGGUUGCGCUUAUUUUUCAGGUUACCAGUAAAUAUAAGGCGAGUAUCAUGCUUUAUUCUAAGAUUCAGCUAAGCAGGGUCGUCAUCUUCAGCACUCUGAAAAUAUUAGUUUUUGGAGUUCAGCCCACAGAAACUUUCAAAAGGUUCAGGGAGUUGUAGCCCUGAAAGGAUUGCCUCUAGGCUCUGCAGAAUGUCCACUGCUUGUUUGUGGAUUCACGUAGUUGCUUGCUCUGCAGUGAGAAUAUCAACCCUUCAUUAUCUGUACAUUGCUACCUCCAUGGAGUGCAGGGAGUAACCUGCAGCCAAUUUCUAACUCUAGAAUUCAAAAUUCAUCUAAUUCUGCUCCCCAGCCUUUUGGCUUUCCAUUGGGUAAAGUGGAAUAAAACAGGUAAUUCACGCAGAUGUAACAUUUGGGGGCAAUUAUAGCUAUAUUUCUCUGCUUCUUGCAGGAGCCAUUAAUGCAUCUCACUCAAGCAGAAGGCAAGGCAAACGGACCACUAAUUAGACUCCCGAGGCCUCCAGGCAGAAUGGUGGCUUCCUGCUUACUGGUUAUUAGCAUGCUUAUUUAUGAACUAUGGAGCUUAAGGAAGGAGGUCUAGCAUGGGGACAUGCAGAGUCAGGCUGUCCUGCCAGGAGCUCAGCAGCCACAGUUGAGAUCUAAGAGGGGCAAUGGGCCCCCAUUUGUGAUCAGAAUGGACUUGGUGGUCUGGGAAACACCGCACAGAAUUCCUUAUUGACGGAAUCUGUUAAAUUGAUGGAUUAUUAUUUGUGUUUCAGAGUGAUGUUUAGGGAGGCAAGGGCUCUUAUUUGCCGGAUUAUAAAGCAACAAAGGGCUGUUAUGAAAUUCCAAAUUUGUCCUGCUGUUCCAUUACUUUCAAAGCCAUUUUUGCAGGUAAAGCAUCAGCUGCUUUUGUUGAACUCGAAGGCACACGUUGGUCUGCAGAGGCGUCUCAAAAUGUCUGAGAUGUAAUUUUACAAAUACAGUAGAGUCUCACUUAUCCAACACUUGCUUAUCCAACAUUCCGGAUUAUCCAACGCAUUUUUUUAGUCAAUGUUUUCAAUAUAUCGUGAUAUUUUGGUGCUAAAUUAGUUAAUACAGUAAUUACUACAUAACAUUACUGCAUAUUGAACUACUUUUUCUGUCAAAUUUGUUGUAUAACAUGAUGUUUUGGUGCUUAAUUGGUAAAAUCAUAACCUAAUUUGAUAUUUAAUAGGCUUUUCCUUAAUCCCUCCUUAUUAUCCAACAUAUUCGCUUAUCCAACGUUCUGCUGGCCCGUUUAUGUUGGAUAAGUGAGACUCUACUGUAGUUUUGUGUUCUGGCUAUCCAAAUGUCUGUCAGUGAUAAAAGACAUUGAAUGGGUCAUGCCGUGUCUGCAACACUUUUAAAACAGACUGUUAGUCGCCAAGGUAUAAAGAGAGAUUUUAGACAUCAUAGCUUUCCCUUAGAUCGAUGGUGUUGGAGGUUUUAGAUAUAAAUAAAUAGAAGCUUUACCACUGUUUCUGAACCAAAAUAUACCCUGCAGUGCAAUAACGUGUAACUCAGGUUUGUGUAACAACUAACAGUAACUUUUAUUCAGUUCAAAAGAUCAAACAGAUCAACAAUAUAUACAGCAGUCUCUCUGAAUUCUUACAGAGAACAGGGGGAAUUAACAGUCCUUUUAAACAGUCUUUAAAAUAAACCUCAUGACUUAAAAAUGAUCAGGCUUCAGAGAGUUGACAGCCGUUUCUUUCCUGGCUGUUUCUAGCCUGCAUCCUCUUCACUCUCUGAGGUGAAAUAGCAGUUAAAACCGUUUCUCUCAGCAGCAAGCCAGAGACAGUAGCCAAUCGGAAUGUUGGCUCCUGGCAUGCUCAGCCAAUCAGCUGUCGACACAUGCCUUUCCAGUCAACCCAUUACACCAUGGUGCCUUUUACAAAUCCCCACAAAUGUCUGGGUACUCUUUUUUUGUUUCGGACUAUUUGUUUAGUACCCACAUAGAGUAUGUUAUCCAAAUCCAUGGAUUCAAGCAUCCACAGCUUUGAAAUACUCUCCCUCCCUCCCUCUCACACAUCUCCAAUAUACUAUAUCUCCAAAAAACAUACCUUGAUUCACACGCAUGCAUACACAUUCAGAUCAGUUUGAACCUUUUCAAUCAAACAUACAAUUUUCUACAUUUUCUCAGAGGCAAAGACAAGUGUUACAAUUUUCAGGCAUGCAAAUAUAUGUACUGUAUAACUUUAUUUCCUGCAUUUUUCUUAGGUAAGGUUUGUCAUUGCCACCAUCUGAGCUAUAGCCUUCGGCACUUUGUAUUCCCUUGUGGUUUCUCUUUCAAAUACUAACCAGGCCUGAUCCUACUUAACUUCUAACAUCAAACAGAAUCUGGUGCUUUCAAUAUAUCCAGGUAUUUAAACACAAUCUUCUAAUUAUAAUAUCUUCUUGCAUGUACAGUAAAAUACACAGCUCUUUAAAUACAUUUAACAUGUAAAGACAUACAAAGGAAUAAAGAGAAGUUAGCCUUUACACUUCUUAUCUUCAGUCACUGAUCAGAGAUAAAAAUUGGUUUCUCUGCUUAGUGGGUUGACUUAGGGCAGUUGUCUUUGUCCUGCACCACAUUCAUGAGCGAGUCUGCAAGUGUGGAGAGGCUACACAAACAACUAUAAAGUGUAGAUAAUUUUUUUUGCAAACUCCUGGGGCCAUUUUCCGUUUUCAGGGACUUGAAGCUUCUCCAAAUGCCUUUUAAAAGUCACCCUGGGCACUAUGUAUUUUGACACAAGUGGCUUUGGGUGGGCAUAUAUUGCCACUGGCUGGGUCAUGCCAACAUUACUAUUUAUAACAUAAUGCAGAUACCAUACAUAUGAUAUAUGUACUUUUUGCAGUUGAAAUAGCAAGAAUGCUAUGUUAAAGGUCCCUUCUACACUGCAAUAUAAAAUCCAGAUUAUCUGUUUUGAACUGGAUUACGUAUAUGGCAGUGUAGACGCAUCUUUCUGGAGUUGUAAGUCACCUUGAGUCCCCCACAGGGUGAGAAAGGCGGGGUAUAAGUAAGUAAAUAAAUAAAUAUAAUCCAGUUCAAAGCAGAUAAUGUGGAUUAUUCGCUUUGAUAAUCUGGUUUAUUUGGCAGUAUAGAAGGGGCCAAAGUCAUAUAGCAGAGGGAGUCAGACAAUAUAUUUUGGGAAAGGGGCCGGGCUGUGGCGCAGCUGGCUAGUAACCAGCUGCUAUAAAUCACUACUGACCGAGAGGUCAUGAGUUCGAAGCCCGGGUCGGGUUAAGCCUCCGACCAUUAAAAAAAAAUAGCCCCGGCUUGCUGUUGACCUAGCAGCCCCGAAAGACAGUUGCAUCUGUCAAGUAGGGAAAAUUUAGGGACGCUUUAUGCGGGAGGCUAAUUUAACUAAUCUACAACACCAUAAAACUGCUCACGAGGAAAAGAAGAGGAAGAACAGCCACCAAUGGACGGUGAAGCAACAGCUCCCCCUGUGGCCGGAAUUGUGAAGCUGGAAAGAUGUUCAAAAAUGCCUCUGUGUCUGUCUAAACUGAAUGUUGUUUGUCUGUUGGCACUGAAUGUUUGCCAUAUAUGUGUUCAUUGUAAUCCGCCCUGAGUCCCCUUCGGGAUGAGAAGGGCGGAACAUAAAUACUGUAAAUAAAUAAAUAAAUAAAAAGUGAUUUCUUUAGAAAACAACUCCUAUUAUCUUCCAUGUUGAUGAUGAAAAAUGUGUUAGGUCUCCUUUAAAAAUCCCAAGGAUAUUGUGCUAUGCUGGCAGGGGAGUUGUCCAGAAAAGUUCCUUUUCUGAGGCUGGAUCUACACUGUCAUAUAAUGUACUGAACAAAAUUAUAUGGGUAUACACUGACAAUGCAAUGCAGUUCCAAACAGUAUAAUAUGGCAGUGUAGAUGCAGCCUAAGAUUUGGUUCCAGGUAGGUCUGAUAGGUUCAGGAAGCAGGGACAAGUCUUAACCAUCAUACUGGGAUUAUUCCUUUGGAAUGUCCUGAAACAAUUGUAUAGGGCUCUUCUCAAGUGGCUCUACGGACCUGAUUUUUGCAAAACUUCUGUCCAGGGAAUAGAUAUGAGUGAGCAGAUAUGGAAGAAAGUGGUGCCAUGACCUCCUGGAGCCAUUGAGAAAAAAUCUAGAGCCACAACACCUGCCUUCUUGAAGUCACCUGAUUUCAUUUCCCCCUGUUUUGCUGAUCAGCCUGAAAUAUAGCUUGGUGUAGUUGGGCAGGGCAUCUCCAUGCCCUGCAGUAAAGUAAGGCCUCCAGCUCAUUGAAUAGCAAAGGUUCUUCUUUCGAGGAGAGUUUGUCUAAGCAGCUGUGGAAACCUUCUGACAUUGCUGUCAUGAGAUACCCCAAUGAGAGCUUGUAACUGAAACACCCACUCCUGGCUGUAAGAGACUUUGCAUUGCUUUCACAGAAGAAGCUCGUGUUCAUUUGAAGUGUUUAAGAUGGAUUUGGUUGCAUUUUUAAAACUGCAAUAACAGGGAGCCCCUGGUGGCGCAGUGGGUUAAAUCCUUGUGUCGGCAGGACUGCUGACUUGAAGGUUUCCAGUUUGAAUCCAACCCUGGGAGAGUGCUGAUGAGCUCUCUCUAUUAGCUCCAGCUCCAUGCAGGGACAUGAGAGAAGCCUCCCACAAGGAUGGUAAAACAUCAAAACAUCCGGCCGUCCCCUGGGCAACGUCCUUGCAGACAGCCAAUUCUCUCACACCAGAGGCGACUUGCAGUUUCUCAAGUUGCUUCUGACACACAAAAAACCCUGCAAUAACAAGAUAUCUUUAAAUUCAAUUUACGAGGUGGCUGUUGGUAAGUUGUUUUAGGGACUCCCAAAGAAACCUAGGAUGUCAUUAUGGGAUGGCACCUCUUCUGAGUCUUUUCAUCUUUAUUGGUGACCUGAGUCUUAUUAACUGUGGCUUGGAGACAGGCAUGAGCAAGGUGACAGAUCUCCUUCUUGCUGAGACAGGCGGACAGUUGUCAGCAUUUAUUUUCUGCUUUAAAAAUAUUGAACCAGAUGGGUUGGUGAGCUGGUACGUUAGUUAUGGGUGUUCUUGAUCUGAAAGCAACAAAACUGAAAUAUUACCAGGAGAUCACCUUGAACUGGCAGUUCUUUCAUAAUUGGGAAUCAGGUGGAUUGUUCUGCUUCUUGCCAUGUUGCUGCAUUCAGUAAGAAUGCAGUUGAUUUUUCUUUUCAGCUGUUUAUUUUUCCCUGGUGUUCAAAGAUACUUUUUUGCACUAAGGCAGGGAAGCCAUACUGUGUUAUUAAAAACCAUUGCCUAGAAUGAAAGACUACUAAAUCACACCUUGUCACAGUCUUACGGACUUGUAUGGUCUUGUCUAUAGCAAAGUGCAUGAGGUUAGAAGGAAAUUAACCCAGUGACACUUUGUUUAUUAAAGAACAAGAUGUGCACAGCUGCGUGGAAGCUCUUUAUCGAAGGGAUAGCGACUGCUGGCAAGGAGCAAUGCUUGCACUGUACAGAUCUCAUUGUCAGCAUAAAGCAAAAGAAUUGCUGACUUUAUGGGAGCCUGGAAGGUUUAAGAGCAGGUAGGUUAUUGCCAGAGAGUAGCAUGGCUGAUUUUAGACUUUGGACAUAAUAAUGGUGCUACAUACGCACUCUCUUGUUGAUAGCAGUUAUUACCAAAUGUGGUUAAAACCAACCAUGCUACAUUUAGCUUUGCUGCUCAUUCUGCCGAGUGAAUCUCUGGACCAUCUGCCCUAGCAUUCUGCCUUGAUGGCACCAUCCUAUAGUAGCACGGCCUGAAAUAUACUAGGUAUUUAGCAUUGGUUGGUGUGUGUUUCUUUUACCAUGAGAUGAUCAGGCAUGUUUGUGCAGCCAGUGUUGAUAUGUCCAUGGAUGGGUUUUUGGUCUUAACCUGCUUCUGGAUGCUCCUUUGCCAAGUGACUUGGGUGCAGGAUUGCAGCUCAGAUUGUGUUUCAUGUUUAGCUCUUGACCCUUGAACUCAGGGCUAGACACAGUCAGGUACCAGUGAAACUACAGGCUUCUCUUCCUGGAGUGGCGAGACAGGAAGUGUCAAUUAUUCAUUCCUCCCCUGAUAUAUACCGUUGUAUCUUUCUUGGCUGCCUUGACACCAAUCUGGACUGACAGGCCAAGAGCUUUCUCAUGUAAACCCCUGAAAUAUUUAGCAGGAUGGACUGAAAAAUACAGAUGUGCUUGAGAAGGGAGCUCAUUGCAGCAAUCUUACCCAAAGCCUAAUUCAAAGUGGAGGCUGAUAGCUCUGUGGCACUAAUGUUGCAGGAGACUGAUCUCUUCCUCAUGCACUAUUUUCUGAAUGUGCUCUGUCCUGGUCUUCUUACCACAUUGUUUUGGUGGCCUCUACCAUGGUCAGCUUUCCCACUCCAGUUCCCAAGGUUCUAGUAGUCUCUGUUUUCCACUUGAGUUUGGAAAAGUUACUGUUUGGAUUACAGAAUAUGCCCAGACAGCAUAUUUCAAGCUUUUCUUUCUGUUGGGAAGUAGAAGAGUCAGAAGGUAAAGCAGUUUACAUUUUAUUGAAGGUGCAUAGAAAAGCCAUUCCUAAGGUAAUCAAAAAUCUCUCCUCAAUAGUGAAACUGGGGCAAAUAUCUGGCAGGGGAAUAAAAGAAGAAGAACAAAGGGGGACGGGGAAUAAAGAACGGUUCUUUAGAUAAAACAGCACUUGCAGUUUUAUCUAAGCGUUUUACUGGGGUGUAAGGGGGAACUUUCCACAGAAAUAAGUUUAGAUAUUUUGUAGCAGAAAAAUGAAAUAAGCCAAGAUGGCACCUGAUCAAUUCCAUGUAUAGAGACAAACUGAACUGACAGUGAAAUUUGGUUUCGGUGCUGGCAGUGGAAAAAUAUCCUCUAUUAUACAAAUGUAGUCAGAAGGCCAUGUUAAUGCAUAGACCAUGGGACAAAUAUACAGACUACUCUGUCUUCCACCAGAGGGGAAUGCUUGAGACAAGAACAGCUGUGGGUCUGCCAGUGUUGCCCCACAGCAACACAUCCUGCCUAAUGGUAGAGCCUGUUCUAGGACAUCAUCCAGAACAGCCUUAUUUUUAUUUUUAUACAAUUAAUUUAAGAAAUAGGGGUGCAUGUUGUGGACUGGAAGCCAUCCUACUGACGAGAGAGGCUAGAAAGAUGGUCAGACAGACAGCUAAACUUAUAACUAUAGGGUUAGAAGGGACCUCAGAUUUCAUCUCAUACAGAGAUGGACAGAGUUCAGACAAGGUAAACCUACUUUGUUUUUUUUAGUAGCGUCAUUAGUUCCACCAACUGAAUUCAAGCACAAGUGAAAUGCAGCUAGAAGGGAUUUGUUUUGAGAAACAGACCUUACCAUUUUUCUGCACAAAAAUCCUAGUUAUCCUGAAGCUUUCUUUCCUUAAGCAGCAUAAUAUGAGAUGUGGAGUGGUGGUGAGGUGAGAGAAUGUAUUUUUGGGUUUUUUCUGUUUUAAAAAUGUUGGAAGAAAUAAAUCCUUGAGUUACUGCACGUCAUCUAUCAACUAGUAGAUCUAAAACUAUCUUCUGCCCAUUUCUGGAUCUAUUUCAAUUCUUUCUCAACUCAGGAUAUUCACUGCUACAUCAUCGUUGUGAUGAGACCAUGCAACUUUUGCUUAGAAAUCUGCUUAGUAAGGAGAAUCUACCACUUUCUUAAGGAUUUUGCUCUAGUGUGUCAAACAACUUGUAGUGCCAUAAAUAUUUUCCUGCUGUUUAGUCAAAGCCCCCAUUCUCAGAAUUUGGUUUGGGUUUAUGUAGCACUCUCACUCUGAAUAACUGCCAUAAGGUGGGGCUUUAGCACAGCGGGUUAAACCGCCAGCUGUAGAAAAUCUUGCCGAUCGAAAGGUUGAAAGUUAAAGUCCAGGUCGAGGUAAGCUCCUGCCAUCAGGCCAGGUUAUGCUCACCUAGUAAUUUGAAAACAGCAAUUGUGAGUAGAUAAAUAGGUACCACUUAGCUGGGAGGUAAUAAAAAGCGCCCAUAAGAUCAUGCCUUUGAUUCCAUCAAGAGGACGUUUACGAACAACAAAAACCUUUACGGCAUGGAAGAUGAAGCAACAGCACCACCCUGUGGCCAGAGCUGAGAACAGUCUCCAGAUGCCGUAGAUGAGAAAAGAUGGGGAAAGCCUAUAUACCUCUUUUUAUGUAUUGCCUGUUCUUGUUAAUUAUAUAAUGGCAUUGAAUGUUUGUCGUAUAUGUUUUCCAUAAUCUGCCCUAAGUCCCCUCGGGGAAUAUAAAUAAAGUUUAUUAUUAUUAUUAUUAUUAUUAUUAUUAUUAUUAUUAUUAUUUCUUUGCAUCACAUAAUGGCAAACUUAAAUACCUUCUUGUACACUUCACAAAAUAAUGCUACCAUCAGAUUUUUUUAGUUCAAACUAUGCCAAGAUGAAGAUCUAUCUAAUAGGAAUAAAAGUGAAAAGCCAAAAAUACAAAAUAAACGUAUUUGCAAAUGACAUUAUUCUAACAUCAGAAGACAUACUGAAGGAAUUGGGGUUGUUGUGUGUUUUCCGGGCUGUAUGGCCAAGUUCCUGAAGUAUUCUCUCCUGAUGUUUCGCCCACAUCUAUGGCAGGCAUCCUCAGAGGUUGUGAGGUAUAUGGAGAAACUAAGCAAGGAAGGUUUAUAUAUCUGUGGAAGGUCCUGGGUGGGGAAAAGAACUCUUGUCUGUUGGAGGCCAGUGUGAAUGUUGUAAUUAAUCACCUUGAUUAGCAUUAAAUAGCCUUCCAAGUGUCACAUCCUAGCCUGGGGGGAUCCUUUGUUCAGAGUCGUUAGCUGCCCCUGAUUGACUCAUGUCUGGAAUUCUUCUGUUUUUAGAGUGUUGCUCCUUAUUUACUGUUCUGAUUUUGGGUUUUUUUUAAUACUGGUAGCCAGAUUUUGUUUAUUUUCGUGGUUUCCUCCUUUCUGUUGAAAUUGUCCACAUGCUUGUGGAUUUCAGUGGCUUCUCUGUGUAGUCUGACAUGAUAGUUGUUGAAGGAAUUUCCUAAAAUGAUAAACUAGGUUAACCAAUUUAGAUUAGUUGCUGGACUCUCAAUCAAUUUAUGCAAAUCAAAAAUAUUAGCGGCAAAGUUAAAUAACAAAGAAAAAGAAGUACUAAGACAGAAAACAGGAAUUCACCAAAGCAAUAUUACCUUUCAAACUUUGAAGGAAAAAUUUCUAGCAUAUGUUUCCAUGGACUAAUAUCCACAUCAUUCAGUGCUAUAUCUGGUUCCAAUUCUCCUUUAUUUGGUUAAGUUCUCUUUUAUCUGAUAAAGUUCUCCUUUAUAUUGGUUGUGGGCGUUCUUGAUCUGAAGGAGAACAAUACUGAAAUAUCAUUAAGGGAUCUUCUUGAAUUGGCAUGUCUUUUGUAACUGAGAUUCAGGUGGACUGUUCAUCCUCCUAUUCUCUUCAGAUGUUGAUUCAUCCUUGCAGUGUGGCUAUUUUGAGCUUUAACAGCACACAGUAUCUCUUUCUGCACACAGUAUCUCCAUCCACAAUUUCUCUUCAUUCUCUGUAUAACUUAGUCUCUCCAACUGUCUUCUAAUUUGAUCCAACUCAAUCUUCUCACUGGACAUCAUCACAUGAGGCCAAUAAAGUGCAAUUACAGCAGGAUAAAAGUGUCUUUGGUUGGGGUUUAUUUCACAAUGUUGUGUCUGACCUGUAGUUGCAUUGCACUCUUUAUUGAUUGAAAAACAGUCAAUUAAUCCAAUAUCAUUGUUGUUCUGCCAUGUUUCUUGUUCAGUGGUUUCCUUCCACUCCUGUACUGAUAUUGUGAAGUAGAUAAAAGCCUUGCAAGAAUGCCAUAACUGUGCAAUUACACAAUUGCUGCAAAAUAGGGGGGGGGGCAUAGCUUGCACGAACUGAGCAGGGCAAACAUGGCUAGGAAGCAAGACUAUGUGGAAAGUAGAUCACAGGAAUUUGUAUCCCCAAAGAACCAGGAUGGAGUAAUUGCAGCAAGAUGUGAAAAUGAUCAUUCCAUAAUGACAUGUUUCAGUUUGCUUAAAUAUUGCAAUUGCCACAAGACAACAGGCUGGUGUGAUAAAGUACCUUAUUGUACCUGACUAUAUUACAUUACAGUACAGAGUAAGGACAUUAUGCAACUCAGCAGUCCUCUUACUGUUUGGAAUAGUAGAAGAGAAAUAGGUGUCAGCCCUUCAAAUAUUGCAAGAUGGUGUCUCAUAUCACCUCAUAAUCAUCUCCUUAGGGUAUCUUCAGAGGUUGAGAUUUUCCAAGCCCUGGAGGGGAAAUGCUUGAAGCCCUCACAUAGGUAUUAUACAGAAAUAGGAAUACUGGUGGCAUAAUUUCAAUUGUGCUUUGUUUAUUUGUUUUCCUACUUCUUCAGUGUUUGAAGCCAUACUCAGAACAUUUUCUGUCUCCAGCUGUCAGGGGUUUUAGCUAAAUUAACAAGCUGUUUGUAGGGUUUGGCUCAUAUAUGCCUGAUUUGUUUUCAUUAAUUAAAUUGCUCUUUGUUGAGAAAAGCUAUUUUGCUUUGGGCUGUUAAAAGGGAAUCUAGUUUGCUGAGUACUGUGCUACUAUCAGUGCUCUCUGGUGGAUUUCAUGCCUGUGGGAUGGUAAAUCUACCGAGGGCUUCACUCCAAACUGCAGCACAGCUAUCCAAGGUACUGUGCACCACUUCCAGAAUAGAUUCAGAACCUUGGAUAGCUCAGUCCAAAACCUAGGGUGGAUUCACCUCCCCAUAGACCAGUGGUUCUCAGCCUUCAUAAUGCCGCGACCCCUUAAUACAGUUUCUCAUGUUGUAAUGACCCCAACAAUAACAUUAUUUUCAUUGCUACUUCAUAACUGCAAUUUUGCUACUGUUAUGAAUCAUAAUAUACAUAUCUAAUAUGCAGGAUGUAUUUUCAUUCACUGGACUCAAAUUUGGCCCAAAUACCCUAUACGCCCAAAUUUAAAUACUGGUGGGGUUGGGGGGGAUUGAUUUUGUCAUUUGAGAAUUGUAGUUACUGGAAUUUAUAGUUCACCUACAAUCAAAGAGCAUUCUGAACUCCACCAAUGAUGGAAUUGAACCAUUCUUGGCUCACAGAUCGACAGAAAAUGACCAACAGAAAAUACUGAGCAUUGACCUUGUGUUUUGGAGUUGUAGUUCACCUACACCCAGAGAGCACUGUGGACUCAAACAAUGAUAGAUCUGGACCAAACUUGGUACAAAUACUCAAUAUGUCCAAAUUUGAACAUUGUUGGAGUUUGGGGAAAAUAGACGUUGACAUUUGGGAAUGUAAUUGCUGAGAUGUAUAGUUCAUCCUGAGCUCCAUCAACAAUCAAAUUUAACCAAACUUGGCACACAGAACUCCCAUGACCAAAAGAAAAUACUGGAAGGGUAUGACGGGCAUUAACCUUGGGUUUUUGAGUUGUAGUUCACCUCAAAAGACUGAAACAAUGAUGGAUCUGGACCAAACUUGGCAUGAAUACUCAAUAUGCCCAAAUGUGAACACUGUGGAGUUUGGGGAAAAUAUACAUCGGCAUUUGGAAGUUGUAGUUGUUGGCAUUUAUAGUUCACCUACAAUCAAAGAGCCCCUUGAACCCCAGCAACGAUAGAAUUGGGCCAAACUUCCCACACGGAACACCCCAUGACCAACAGAAAAUCCUGGUCUUUGACAAUCCCUCUGACACCCCCCUCACGACCCCCCCAGGGGUCCCGACCUCCAGGUUGAGAAAAGUUGCCAUAAAGUUCUAUGAUUGGCCAGUGGGAUAUAAUAUUCUAGAAUACAUUAGAAAACCCAUUGUGUUUUAUUAGUCAGAGAGUGCGCAAUAUGUCAUGGCAAUUCAGGAAUUCUCUUGUUCUCCUAGAAGAAAGCAUAACCUGAAUGAAGCACCAAUACCAAGUAUCUGCAUAGUCUUAUGCAAUUGAAUCUGAAUGUGGGGAAAACCUGGACUCACCUAAAUUUAGAGGGAAGUCCCUCCCAAAGUGAUGCUCGUGGUGAUGCUCAUAUGGCCAGUGGUGUCAUUCUGCCCUCCAGAAUUUGACAGUCUACAAAGCCACAUCCUCUGCAGAGGAGCCCCCAAAUAUUGCGAGCUCAAUAGAUCAAUAUCAGCAAUUUCAUUUUAGUCAUUUUCCCCUCUUUACAAAAGAGCAGCUCUUUUGUAAAGUGAAUGGGCCUUAAGCCCAGUGUGGUGGGAGAUGAUGUCAUUCCUGUUAAUCAAAAUGGUGCUGAUGCUUUGACCUUGCCACCCCUGGCUCCCAGACAACACUGACUAAGGCUGCCUGGCUCUGCAUUCCUUCAAUUAACUCAGGAGGGAAGUUGGCAGGGAGAGGAUGCCUUGGUUCUGCUGAGAGGCUGGGGAUUUGCAGCAAGCUUGGAGGAAGGGAUUGAUGAGCAGCAAUAUUGUCUUCUUGGCAGGAGGAGUCGCAUUGCAAGGUAACGAUGGGUAUAAUGACCUCUUAGGUGUGGAACAUCAUCAUUUAGGAGGAAAUAUUUGCUGUGUUUCUCUAGAAAGGCAUAGUUGCAGGAGAUGAGAAGGAGCUGAGCAGCCGUGUUGAUGCAUUUCUAGCCCACAAGUUCAGGCACUGUGAUGACAUGACAUGUCAUGACAGCACAUCCCACGUCAAAAUGAUUGCAAAUCCUGGAGGCUAAUAGUUAUGCAAAUAACCUCGUUAUCUGGCCUAUUUAUUUCUUCAGCUCUAUACUGUCUCUGGUUUUUAAGUGAUGCGACUUUUGCUGUUAAGAAAGGUGGGAGGCAAUCUCCUGACUGUUUCCCUGGAGUGACAGAGGGCCUGUGCUUGCAGUAAAGAACGCUAUAAAUUAAAUUCAUGAUUAAUAAUUAAAUAUUGAUCAAAUAAUCAAUUAAAGGCAUUUAAUAUUCCUGGGAUUCCCCUUACUGGCAUAAGUGUCCUCUCUUCUCAAAAGGUGCUCAGUUGCCGGCAUGCUGAGAUCCUGCUUUGCAAUGUAGCUGCCUAACAACCUCAAGAGGCAAUUUGUCUAAGCUAUAAACAAUGCCAUGUAUAGUUAAUGGAGUUUCCAGACACUGGUGGACUGGAACUCAUAGAACUAUUGGACAUGCUGGUUUAGUCUUUAAUUAGAGUGGAAGUACAAAAACAUCCAGAUUAACCAUUGAUAUAGCUUCAGGCACCAGCUGGUUAAGGCCAUCUCAUGCAUUUGCUAAGUGUGAGUAUGACAGGAUUAUACUUUUCAUACACAUGGAGUGCACAUGAAUAUAGAAAUAUUUAUCUAUGAAAUCUUAAACCUGUGAACUUGCUAAUUUACUCAAAUCACUCUGGGUUUGGGUUUGCAAAGAACUUUGAUUUGUGAGACAGAACACCUGCAAGGGGACGGACACUGAAAUUGUUAUGAGAAGGAUAUUUGUGUGCUGUUGAGUUGUUUCUGAUUUAUGGAGACCCAAGGCAAAGUUGUUCAAAGAAGGCGUGCCCUUAUCUUCCUUUGAGGCUGAGAGAGUAUGACCCAAUAGGUUGACAAGGCAGAGUAGGGAUUUGAAUUGUAGUCUCCAUAAUCAUAGCCCAACCAUUAUGCCAUUCUGGCUCUCAAGAGGGAUAUUGCUUGCAGCCAAUUAUUUGGAUUGUGCAUGACUACAAGCAUCUGCUCUAGGUUACUGAAAGCACGUCCAUUUACCCCCUAUUUAGAUCAUAAACGACAUGAAGACAUAUAUACAUGAAUGGCUCCUUUAUCAAAUGAUCAGCAAUAAAAUAAUAUUAAUAAUGUAUGUGUUACCCAUUUUGAGGUGGGGCACAACACAGUUAAAACACAUCAUCACAAAAUUCAUAUAUUAAAAUACAUAGUGAAAGGAUUAAAAUACAAUACAAAUAGAUAUAUUAAAAUACAAGUAGAAUGUAAAUGUAAAAUUCACCAUUUAGCAUUGACUGGGUAUGCCUGCCGGAAGAGAUAGGUCUUCAGUUCUGUCUCAAAUACUGACAGCUCCUUUAGCUGUAGAAGCUCUUCUGGCAGGUUAUUCCACAGUCUUGGGGCAGCUGAUGAAAAGGUCCUCUGGGUGACAGUUGCCAUUCGGGUUGUGACUGAUUGGAAUAAACAUUCCUGCAGAGGACCUAAUGAACAAGAGUAAUGAUUUUUACAUGGCAUUAAAAUAUUCUGCAGCUAGAAGGACGAGAAAUAUGUGUACAUGAAUUAUAAAGAUGUAUAAACUAAGUGAUGCAAUAGAACAAGUUCUAGGUAAAAUAGCUAGCAUCUAUUCAGAGUUUCAUGCUGAGAAUCCAUCAGCCUCUCCUACCCUUCUACGUGCCUCUUAUGUGUUCUUGGUUUGUCUUAGAAACUAAAUGAACGUGCUCUCCCGAAAUUCUUAUAUGAGCCUGGCAAACAACAGGAACAUUUUUUGAAUGUGGCUGCUCCCAUAUAAAAAGCAUCUGCCUCAACACACACAUGCAUGCACACACACCAUUUCCCUUUCUACUACCUUCUUCCAUUUUCAAGUAAACACCGAAGGACAUUAUAAAUUAUAUAUCAGUUUAACUCCAUAGCUAUUAUAUGCACACACACACACACACCCAACAACAAUACUUACAUGUAUAAAUAGUUAUUGUUGUUCUUGUCUUUACUUGCUUUCAAGUCAUUUCUAACAUAUGGUGAACCUAGGGUGAAUCUAUCAUGGGGUUUUCUGGGGGUGAGAGUAUGUAACCCACCCAUGGUCAUCCAGUGGGCUUCCAUGACUGACUUGGUUAUAGUCUGAUACUUGAGCUGCUACACCACAUGGGUUACAAUAUAUGUGCUGAUUAGCACAUACUCAGAAUUGAAGUCUGAAAAGUAACUGUUAUCAAUUCUGCAUGCAAGCCAGUAAAAAUCUUUGGAAGGCACUCAGCUGUAUGUGGACAGCUACAAGCCAGGCAAACAGCUUCAGAUACAAUCUUUCUGUGUGGAAACAGAAUCUCGCUUCAUUAUACAGUAGAGUCUCACUUAUCCAAGCCUCACUUAUCCAAGUUUCUGGAUUAUCCAAGCCAUUUUUGUAGUCAAUGUUUUCAAUAUAUUGUGAUAUUUUGGUGCUAAAUUCAUAAAUACAGUAAUUACAACAUAACAUUACUGUGUAUUGAACUGCUUUUUCUGUCAAAUUUGUUGUAAAACAUGAUGUUUUGGUGCUUAAUUUGUAAAAUCAUAACCUAAUUUGAAGUUUAAUAGGCUUUUCCUUAAUCCCUCCUUAUUAUCCAAGAUAUUCGCUUAUCCAAGCUUCUGCUGGCCCGUUUAGCUUGGAUAAUUGAGACUCUACUGUACUUCCUUUUCUUCAGCAAUGAUAUCAUGGAUGAAAUACAGGAUAUGCGUCUCUUCUGUUUGAAGAGCCUAAAGCCUUUGCAUUUCAGGUGUGAAGAUGGUACAGGAAAUAUGGAAAAUGUGUACAUUCUGUUCCUGUACUACAGGGUUGACAUCCAGACUGGUUCAGAGUCAUAUCUGAAUUAUCCAGAACUUCCUGUUACUAGCUGGGCCAAAAUAACUUCCCACCACUAGAACCAUCUGGCUUAUUUCUCCAAACAUUUUUCCUUUCUUUCUUGCAAUUUUUUUUUCAUUGUAAAGAAAAUUAUUCCCUCCCUUGGACACUAAUUACCAUCCAGUGUUAUUUGUGCCACUCUCUGUUCAGAGGUAUUGGCCUGUUUGGACAGUGCAUCAGAUCCCUAUAUCUCUGUCUGCUUUCAGAAAUGAAAUCCUUGGACCACACAUCUGGCCAACAGUUUGGCUCUCAGGACUGUGUUAAUGGCCAGAAUCCGCACUAGACCCACCUUCUCUCUCCUUUCAACAGCUGUAUUAAUAAACAUUUUACUGCAAAUAAAGCAAACAAAAGACGUGCUCCCUGGACUGCUGUUUUGCUAUCAGGAUAUUCUCAUUCUGUACCAGUCCAGAUGGCAGAGUAUUAGGGAAACAGUUUCUUUGCCAAGUGCUACCUCCAGGCGAGCUGCACAGACUUGGCAACAUCUUAUGGGAGAGUCUCAAGGGUUGUCCUGUUGAGUGCCAUCUUGUGCCUUGAGUGCCACCACAUCUUGCUUGAGGCCUCCCGCACUGCAAUCCUGUGCACACUUCACUUAGGAGACAUUGAGCUUGAGAGAGCUGGAUUCUUGAAAAAUUAUGCCUGGGGUCAAGCUGUUACUUUCCAAAUGAGAAUAGUUGAGAGGGGUGGGACUAGGAAAAAUGGGAAAGAAACCUGUCAAAAGGAGGUACAACUGGGAUAUCUUUUCCAUGGGGCCUUGAUAUUUGCAAAGAUGUAUUAUUUCAGCAAUGAGGGGAGAAAUCACAACUGAGUUGCAGUUCACUUCUCAUCUGCCUGUAGAAUUUUCAAACAGAGGUAAGGUUUCUGUAGCAGGUGGACCACAAGUGGUCCCCCAACAUUGUGCAGAUCUGAGCUCCCAAAGUCUUCACUACUUCACCAAUACUUUGGGGGUGAAAAGAAAUAUUGCUAAUUUUUAAAGGUCUUCAGGAGGUGUAAUGAAAUAUUAAAGGAAAGAUCAUCAACUUUACGUAAUCCUCAAACUGGAGGGAGGAUGUGUGAACUAAAAAUAAAAUGGAGAAGUGGUUCUGGCCCUUUCUGGUUUGAUUUUUUUUUACAUAAUUGUGGAAACCACUGUGGAUCCUGGGGUUUGUGUUUUCUUUUCUCCAAGCUAAACAUACCCAGCUCUCUAAGCUGCUCAUAUGGCAUGGUUUCCAGACUUUUGACUGUUUUGGUCUCCCUUCUCUGGAAACAUUCCAGUAUUCUAAUGUCCUGCUUAAAGUAUGGUGCUCAAAACUAGACACAGAUAACUCCAGUUCUUCCACAGUCAAUAGUAAGAUGUGCAUUUUACCCACUUUUCAAAUGCAAUUAGGGUGGGGGGACUUGCUUCUAAUAUCAGCAGGAUUUAGUGUGAUAGCUGAUGGGAGGAAUGGAAGCUGGAGAGGAAUCUUAACCAGCUAUUAGUAUUAGUAUUACUUCUUUCUCAUGGGUUGAUAUAAGUCAGUGGUUCUCAAUCUGGGGUCCCCAGAUGUUUUUGACCUUCAACUUCCAGAAAUCCUAACAUCUGAUAAACUGGCUGGGAUUUCUAGGAGUUGUAGGCCAAAAACAUCUGGGGACCCCAGGCUGAGAACCAUUGAUAUAAGUGGAAAUCAACUUAAUGGUACACAGCAAGCAACUCCUUUCAGGAAUCCAAACACCAUGAAUGGAAUUGCAAUGCCAUCUAGUGGUUGCGAGGCAGGGCUGAAACUUCUUGCACUUCUUUUGCUGUUGUGUGCCUUCAAGUUGCCCCAACUCAAGACAACCCUAUAACAACCCCAUCACAGGGUUUUCCUGGCAAUAUCCAUUCAGAAGGGGCUUGCCACUGACCUUUUUCUGAGGCUGAGUGACUUACCCAAGUGACUUACGCAUUGGGUUUCCAUGGCUGAGCAGGGAUUCAAACCUUAGUCUCCCCAAGUCCACAUUCAGUACUUAAAUCACUACAACACACUGGCCCUCCUCUUCAGUACAUACCAUUGAGCAAUAUGUUUAUUAGGAUAAACCUAGAUGUCACAACUGAAAAAGAAUGGAAAAUCUACACAAUAAUAGCAAUAAUUAGUGGUGUUAUUUUUUAUUCCUUAUGAGGUUUGGAGCCCCCGGUGGCGCUAAACCACUAAGCUGCUAAACUUGCUGACCAAAAAGUUGGCAGUUUGGAUUCGUGGGGUGGGGGUGAGCUCCCACUGCUGGCCCCAGCUUCUGCCAACCUAGCAGUAUGAAAACAUGCAAAUGUGAGUAGAUCAAUAGGCACCACUCCGGCGGGAAGGCAACGGCGCUCCAUUCAGUCAUACUGGCCACAUGACCUUGGAGGUGUUUACAGACAAUGGCUUAGAAAUGGAGAUGAGUACCAACCCACAAAGUCGGACACAACUAGACUUAAUGUCAGGGGAAAACCUUUAGCUUUACCUAUCAGGUUUGGCAUGUAUUUUCCAACUUACAUCCAGGGCUUAAAACAUUGCUCUACUAAUAUGUUCAUAUUGAUUUUUAACAAUUAUUUUACAAUUUGUAUUUUACAAUUAGGAUUUGUAUUCUUAGAAAGUUGUUGUGUGGUGCUAUAAUAGUAUAGCUAGCAUGGCAUGAUGGUUUGAGUGUUUGACUGUGACUCUGAAGACCAGGGUCAGAAUCCCCACUUAGCCAUGGAAACCCACUGGGUGACCUUAAACAAGUCACAUUCUCACAGCUUGAGAGCAAAAAAAAAAAAAAAAAAAAAAAAAAAAAAAAAAAAAAAAAAGCACCCCCCCCCCCUGGAAAAAAAUCCUGCCAAGAAAACCCCAUGAUAGGCUUUCCUUAGGAUUGCCAGAAGUCAAAAAUAACCUGAAGUCAUGAAACAACAACAGUGAGCAUAUCUACACUAACCAUUUAAUGCAGUUUCCAAUUGGUAUUGAAGAAAGUGGUUUUUCUGUGCUGAUGGUUACAUUGGAAAUCCUGGAAUUAGUUUGAGAUCUGGGUGGUGAUUAAAUACACAAACAACAGAUCACUGAUGCACAUUAGGGGUUUUCUUUUGCAUGCUUUUGUGAGUGUUUGUUGUCUGGCUAUUCUUGCCACAAUAAAUGGCAAGUGUAGAUGGGGCCAUAGUGGUGGAGUACUUCCUCAUAUGUGAAAGAUUUAACUGCAAGUGAAACGUGGUGAUUUGUGGAUUGGUUCUGGUCCAUGAACUACUGGCUGCCAGUCCACAGUGAUUUUCCAGGAAAGAAAUCAUUGUAGCUGAUGGACACAAAUUGGAGUCUUGCUGCCAAGAAAAAGUUAGUACCUAUACCCCAACAAAGUAACUUUUGCAAAACCUGCUAAGAAAUCAUGCUUUGCAAAGUGGAUACCACCAAUUAGACCUGACUUUCUGUCCUAACCUGCAUGUGGAUUGAAUAGAACCCCACUUCUGCUGGUUGAUAGGCAUGAGGAUGAGGUGUACCGUAAGGCAUACUGAAAGCCCCAGGCUAUUUGUUGCUUGAAAGAUCAAAACCAGAAAUCUGAAUUUUGAUGCAUGCAGUUCAUGUGCAAAUGAACUAUUACUGGAAUUAUAUACUUUCUACACACCUCUUCAGUUAAAGGGGAAGCUGCUGUAUUCUGAACCAGAAGCUGCUUCCCAUCUGACUUUCAAUUCCACAUACGGUAAUUUUUUAUGUAUCUUUUUAUAGCCACCAGAUAUAGAAACUUGUUUUUAGUUUCAAAAAUGAAUGCUGGGAUUUUUAGAAAAUUGCAUUUUGCAUUCGGUAUUUUUAUGCACACUUGAGGAAUUACAAGAAGCUGCACUGACUUUUUAAAAAAAUAUUCUUGCUGUAAACAUGAUGUUUAUAUGGCUCAGCUUUAUCACUAGCGAAACUCUGGAAAUAUAUUAAAUGAAACCAACAUGUGUCUAAGCAUGAACAAAGUCAAUUCGCUUCGUAAGUACAGUCCUUAAGCUUCAAAUUUCAGCAUUAAAAUAAUUGCUUCUUCUCUUUUAAAAAUGUUAUUACUUCUUCCCAAUAGUUGGCUGUAUUGAUCCUAUAAAUAAGCUCCCCUUACAUCAGGUUCUCAACCUGGGGUCCCCAGAUGUUUUUGGCCUUCAAUUCCCAGAAAUCCUAACAGCUGAUAAACUGGCUGGGAGUUCUGGGAGUUGUAGGCCAAAACACCUGGUGACCCACAGGUUGAGAACCACUGCCUUACAUGAUCACAAUAUUAAAAAAAAUUCCACCUUUAACCAGAUAGCAUAGUACUGUCACAGGUGGCAAAUAUCUUAACUGAAGGCUCAAAUUCACUUUCACAAAAAAUCUCAAGAGCCACAUCUCUAUGUGGGUAGGGUAGUGGCAAAUGUAGAAGAGCAGGAACAGAAAUACUAGGACAUUUUGGUACAUAAUCACAUUAAAAGAGGAAAUGGAGACUUGGUCUCAUGUGCUAUGUGAUGGUCAAAAACUUUUAUUCUUUAAAAAGUCCAACACGUUUCGAUCUUGUCACACACGGGCCUUCUUCAGGGACUAGUCAACUUUCACAAUUUUUUGGAGUUGCAAUAUAUAUACUCUAUAAAAGCUUUUUAAGGAAUAAAGGUUUUUGCCCAUCAUAUGGCACAUAGAGCCUAGUUUCGUGUUAUUCUUUUGAAGCAGUGGUUCCCAACCUGUGGUCUGUGGACCACCAGUGGUCCCCAAGAACUAAAAUAUGGUCCGCAGCCUCACUGUUACUGCAAUGAGAGUGACUGGUCUCAUGAAACCCUCUUAUGGUGCCGAGGCAACAGGAUGUUGGGAGGGGAGAGGCUGACUACCCAUGAAAGGUAUGACAACAAGCCUCCUGACUGCUGUUUCUCCUCCUCCCUCCCCCUGAGCGGAGCUGUUCCAUGUGGCACCUGGAAGGAGGGGCGCCUUAGUGUUUUCGUUUUUAGGAUUGCUCCCUCCUGGGGUUAUUUGAGGUGCUGAAUCAGAAAAUUGCAUUGGAUAGACCACAUCAGCUCUAGAUGAUUAAACAUGGUUUUCUGUGGGUGAGCAAAUGGCUACUGGGUGGCAUACGUUCUGUAUGAGAAACUAGAACUGAUGUGGUCUAUCCAAUGCAAUUUUCUGAGUCAGCAUCCCAAAUAAACAGACCAAAUCUAAAAUUGACUAAAAACUGAUUUGUAACCCUUAUGGUGUGUACUAAUGUUGGAGGGUGGCCCCUGGUCAAAGUGAUCCCUGGUCAAAAUGGUCCCUGGUUAAAAAAAGGUUGGGAACCACUGUUUUAAAGGGACAUAAUCAGAUCUAUCUCUGAUCCCAUCUGUAAACAUGGGAUGUUUUAUCAGAGGCAGAGGUUGAUGAAGGGCAAGCUGCUGCAUAAUUGUAUAUGCAGAAUUGUUAAACUGUGCUGAUUCAUACAGGAUCUCUACCUAGGACUGGAAAACCACCAAAGGAGGAUGGGGAAAAGAAUGUGGUCAUCUGGGGAAUUCAGCAUGUUUAGAUUCAGCCAUAUGAUUUAAAUUUCCCCGUCCCUUUCUAGUCUGACAAAGGUGAUUUCUCAGAACCAUAGCAUCAUGCAUUUGGAAGAGACCACAAGGGCCAUCCAAUCCAACAUACAAUCAAAGCACUCCUGAUAGUUGGCCACCCAGCCUCUGUUUAAAAACUUCUAGAGAAGAAAACUCCGGGACCUUCCACACAGUCAUAUAACCCAGAAUAUCAAGGCAGAUAAUCCACAAUAUCUGCUUUGAACUGAGUUAUCUGAGUCCACACUGCCAUCUAAUCCAGUUUAAUGUGGAUUUUAUACAGCUGUGUGGAAGGGGCUUCCAUUGCACUCCAAAGCAGCAUAUUCCGUGACCAAGCAGCUCUUGCCAAUAGGAGGUUCUUCCUAAUGUUUAGGUGAAAUCUCUUUUUCUGCCAUUUGUAUCAAUUUCUCCAUGUUCUCACCUCUAGAGCAGCAUUAAAUAAGCUUCAAUGUGACAUUCCUUCAGAUGUUUAGACAUGGAUAUCAUGUCUCCUCUUAGGCUUCUCUUCUGCAAGCUAAACAUAUCCAGCUCCCUAAUCUGCUUCUCAUAAAGUUCUCAUACAACUUCAUUCCCAGACCUUCCAAAUAAACAAUCUUUCCAAGUGGAAACAUCAAGGCUUGAACCUCAAAAUUUCUCAUGAAAAGCAUGUAUUCUCUCACUGGGGGUGCACCUACACUGUAUAAUUAAUGCAAUUCAGUACCACUUCAACUGCCAUGGGUCAAUGUCAUACAAUCAUGGGAACUGUAGUUUUACAAGGCCUUUCGCCUUCUCUGCCAGAGAAUGCCAGUGGCUGACCAAACUACAACUCUGACGAUUCUCUAGCAUUGAGCCAUGACACUUAAAAGUGAUGUCAAACUGCAUUAAUUCUAUAGUCUAGAUGCACCCUGACUCUUGGUGUCUUCCCAAAUGUAGUGGAUUUUUUAAUUUUAAAAACCCCCAGGUCUACCACCCAGGAAGAAAUUAAAGGACUUUCUUGUUCAUUUUGUGUUUGUUACAGUGGCUCUAUUACAGGAAUUCCAGUACUUCUCCUCAUACAUAACUCAUUUGAAAUAAAAAUGAUUUGGAUAUGUGAGCUUGCAUUGAGUGGAAUAGAUGCAGUAGGUAAAUGUUGAACUGUGCAGAGGAAAUACAGCACUGGCAUUAAGCACCCCACUACUGUUUCCCCGAUGUAGAUUCCCUCCUCCUUUCACUUGUCUGUUUCAAAUUAAAACCAACUUGACAUCAGAUAUGAUGCUUGUAUGUGUGAAAACAUACCUGUUGGGUUGUGAAUGAGGACCAACUGGAGGGAAAGAGGAAAGGAGUGGUUGUAACUGAGGAUAAUCACAAAGUUCCCACAACCAUAGGGAAACUAAUUAGUCUCUGGGGAGGUGGAAAACAUUUAUACAGAAAUAAUUUAAUGGCAUUUUAAAGCAAGGUAUAAAUCAUUCUGCUAUGGUAACGGUACAACUUGGGAUUCAUUUAUUUUUGGUAUGAGGAGGGCUAGCAACUGGAGAUCCUGGAACCCAGCUAGAUCCUUGAAGCAUCAGGAAGAACUUCCUCACUGUGAGGGCUGUUCGGCAGUGGAACUCUCUCCCCCGGGCCGUGGUGGAGGCUCCUUCUUUGGAGGCUUUUAAGCAGAGGCUGGAUGGCCAUCUGUCGGGGGUGCUUUGAAUGCGAUUUCCUGCUUCUUAGCGGGGGGUUGGACUAGAUGGCCCUUGAGGUCUCUUCCAACUCUACUAUUCUAUGAUUCUAUGAUUCUAUGUCUGGAUUGGCCCUUCAGUGGCCAACCUAGGGUUCAUCUACACUGUAGAAUUUACUCAGUUUGAUAUUACUUUAUCUGCCAUGACUCAAUACUAUGGAAUUUUGGAAUUUAUAGUUUGGUGAGGCACCAGCACUCUUUGACAAAGAAGGCUAAAGACCAAGCACACAGAAAGGCUGGUGAGGGUUACGAUUCUCCUCUUGCACUCAAUGUUGCCUUCAAGUCAUUUCUGACUUAUGGGCAACCCUAAGAUAAGCUAAUAAUGUGGUUUGCCUUCCUCUGAGACUGAGAGUGUGUGACUUUCCUAAAGUCACCCUGUGGGUUUCCAUGGCCAAGCAGGGAUUUAAACUGUGAACAUAGUAUAAUGUUCAAACAACUACACCACACUGGCUCCUAAACCUAGUACUAUUCACUAAAUCUCAUACUGAUAAUAAUGGCCCAUCUAUUGAAUAUAAUUAGAAAACAAAUCAGAAAUUAAAAUCUCAAUGUCAUAUUGCCCUUCUACAUAUCCAUAGCGCCACCAAAUGUAGAAUAUCAUGUACAGUUCUGGUCAACACAUAUAAAAAGGAUGUUGUAAAGAAGGACAGCAUGCAGGAAAUAGCACUUAAAAUCACCACGAGGCCGGAGCAAUUUGUCUGUAAGAGAGGCUGCAAAGUUUGGGGUGUUUAGCUUAGUAAACUGUGGAGUAAAGGAGACAUAAUAGAAACAUGCAAGAGGGCAUAUUGCUUAUUAUAUUGAAACCCAGGGUCAUUCACUGAUACAGAAUGGUGGCAGAUUCAGGGUUGAUGAAAUCCCAUAGAUUCUAACUAAAAGCAAAUGAAAAUUUGUAAACAAGUCAACAAAGGAAGGGGGUGUGUGAAAGAUAACCAUAUGUCUGCGCUCCUUAUUAACCUACCACAUUUAUACCUUUCAAACAUUUACUAUAUAAUCCUUUUGGUUCUAUUUUACUGAUAUUUGAGAUUUAUCCUGGAUAAAAACUCUCUGGGAGUCUUAGGAUUAAUGGCUUGGGUGUUGACCCCAUUGCUUGGCUGUAUCUGCAGCCCAGGCAGGUUGUUUUGUCUGUCUAACAUUUGAGCAGGAGCCAUGCUAUAAGGUUGGGACUUUUUUCUGUACUUUAAAACCUCCUUAAAGUCAUUUUCUUAGAUUCGGGUGCCCCCAUGUGGUUCUUUUGUGUCUUUAUACACUGUAAUUUAUACAUUCUCUAUGAAAGGCGUGGGUGGAUUGCUUUAUACUCUGGAUGAUAUAAGUGGAUUCAGGGCCGAAUUACCCAUCUCAAGACUCAUGCUGAAAUGGAUUGAUUAACUGAUUUCUCAGUGGACUUAACCAAUACAGGAAGACCCCAAGACAAACAAGAUAGCUUCUGUAGGUUAAAGGUAAAAGUUUUCCCCUGACAUUAAGUCUAGUCGUGUCUGAUGCUGGGAGUUGGUGCUCAUCUCCAUUUCUAAGCCGAAGAGCCGGUAUUGUCUGUAGACACCUCCAAGGUCAUGUGGCCAGCAUGACUGCAUGGCGCGGUACCUAUCGAUCUACUCACAUUUGCAUGUUUUUAACUGCUAGUUUGGAAGAAGCUGGGGCUAACAGUGGGAGCUCACCCCACUCCCCGGAUGCGAACUGCCAACCUUUCGGUCAGCUAGUUCUGCAGCUCAGUGGUUUAAUCCACUGUGCCACAAGGGUUUGUUCUGUAGAUUUGUUCUUAUGUUGAAUUUGUAGAUAAGUCAGAACAGAUACAUUUUAAAGUGUAACUCCAGCAAAAUAUAGAUAUGUGCAUGUCUGUGUUGUGUGUGUGCGUGUCUGUCUGUCUGUCGGCCUGUGUAUGUGUGCUUGUGUUUGUGUGUGUAAGCUUUGGAUAGCAUAGAGAAGGGCUAACACCCCUGGGAUGUUGGUCUUACUAUCUGUGCCCUGUUCAGAAUGUUUCACCCCACUUUCUAUCCCUGUGACAAUUGAAUUUUGAAAAAAUGGGCAUGUUGUGGAAACAGGAAUUGGUGAUAACUCUUUCAGGAGUGAAUUUCCCUUCUUAAGGGUAGAUUUCUCACACUUCCUAUACUUGUAACUCAGGGACUGACUGUAGAUGGUUCCUUUGCCUGAUCAAUGAAGACCCUUGUGUGUCAGGGUUUCGGGAAUUGAAUAUAUUCUUUUUAGCAGUUCUAGCAAUCUCAUACUUAGCAGGUUCCCCAAAUGUGGACACAUCUUGGUCUCCUGUUUAGGAGAAAGUCCUUUCCUAAGGUUGGGACAAGGUCAGAGAAGACCAAACCUUUCUGCUUGGUUUUAAUAGUCCUCUCCGCCAUCAUUUCUGCAGCCUCUUGCAGAAAUGAUACAUUUUGAAAUGUAAGGGGUGAUUGUGAGAGUCUCCAUAGGCAAGACCCCACUGAGAGUCCAAGAAUACAGGUCACCUCCUCAAUCGGAUUUGAACAAGGUUCAGCCCUUCAAUAUUGUUGGGCCUCAGUUUCUAGAAUUCUAACCUAUUGGCUAUGCUUGACAGGGCUGAUGAUCAGAUAAUUGUAUCACGGAUUAGGAUAUAGGCAUAUCAUUUCCCAUCCUUCUCCCAUGUCUAGGAGAGGAGAAAAGUGUUGGGUUUUUGGCAAUUCAUGUAGCAGCAUGGGACCUAUUUAUAGAGGAGCAACAGCCACACCAGUCCAGUAAUGAAAUCCCUCUCCCUUAAAGUAGCCUCUUCAUAUCCAUUGUGCUGUGGUGGGUUUUGGCUUCUGUGUUAGUGGACUGGCGAGUCCUGUUUGAGUGUCAGUUCAGAUUUUGAAGAAACUAUCCAAAGCCUGACACAUGUUGAGUAUCUUUUAUGGGGAAUUUCAAAAUUGGAAAUACUCCAAAAUUGUCUAUGUAGGUGGCUGAAAUAGUGAUAUCUUUGCUUUCUGAUGGUUCAGUGUACACAAAUUUUGCUUCAUUGUAUAAAAUUACCUUCAGGCUAUAUGUAUAAAAUAUAUAGGAAACAUAAAUAGAUUUCAUGUUUAGACGUGGGCACUAUCUCCAAAACAUCCCACUAUGUACAUCUAUGCAAAUAUAGGAAUUCCAGUGUCCAAAGUAAUCCAUAAUACUUCUGAUUUCAAGCAUUUCAGAUACAGGAUACUUGACCUGUGUCACCAAAUUAGCUUCAAUACCUUGGAUAGCACACCUCCUGUGUGUUGUAGUGGUUUGAGUGUUGGAUGAGAUUCCAAGGAGCCCCCGGUCGUGCAGUGGGUUAAACGGCUGAGCUGCUGAACUUGCUGACCGAAAGGUCGGUGGUUUGAAUCCAGGAAGUGUAGUGAGCUUAAACUGUUAGCUCCAGCUUCUGCCAAAUUAGCAGUUUGAAAACAUGCAAAUGUGAGUAGAUCAAUAGGUAUCGCUCCGGUGGGAAGGUAGCAGCAUUCCAUGCAGUCAUGCCGGCCACAUGACCUUGGAGGUGUCUUUGAACAAUGCCAGCUCUUUGGCUUAGAAAUGGAGAUAAGCACCAACCUCCAGAGUCAGACACGACUAGACUUAAUGUCAGGAGAAAACCUUUACUUUUACCUACAUAUUGGAUGACCUUGGCUAAGUCACAAUUUCUCAGCUUUAAAGGAAGAUCAUGGAAAUCUUGGCAAUCUUUAAAGGAAGAUCAUGGAAAUCUGAAUAAAUCUUGGCAAGAAAGCAUGAUAGGUUCACAUUAAGGUUGCUUGCUAUAAGUUGGAAACAACUUGAGGAAACACAAAACGAACUACCUUGGAUACCUCAUUUAAAGUUUGGACUAAAAUUCAAAAGGGGAUCACCACCUCACUGAUGUGAUAACUCCCAGCUGCUGUUGUCCUGGUUUCAUGUGUGUCAUACUAGAAUAAAUUGCUUUAUCCGUAAUACAUAUUAUUGAGAAGUAUGACACUGUUGUUGCAUGGGGAGGAGCAAUUACAAGAAUAAACAGAAACUUCAAAGACUGGUGUCAAUUUUUUAUUGCAAAUACAGCUUUAGAUCCCUUUACAAACAGGAGUAAUGACUCAAGGGCAUUUGAAAUAUUAAACCACUUACACAAAUGUUUUGUGCACGAGACACAGUUGGGAGUAGAUUUAUCUUUUAUCUAUGUAAUUAAAUAGCAAUCCUACAAAGAAACCAACUGAAGACUUAAAAUAGUCUUGACAACAGGGCCUUCAAGCUGCAUUUGUGUGCAUAUGUACCUCGGGGUCUGAGUACAAUUCGUUUCUGAAUAAAUAUGCAGAGGAUACCAGUGGCAGAACUAUGAUAUUUUGAAUCAAUUAUUACGCAGUUACUUAGGGAAAUCAUUGGCAUUGGUACAACCUUUUACAAGUCACAACUCUCAUGCCUCCACUGGAAAUCUGUUCCACUGGAGAAGCAUUCAAGCCCUUUGAGGAAGGGCUUGAGGAAAGACUCCAUGCUUAUAUUAGCUACCACCGUUGAUGUAAGAGCAGUUUUAUUCUGAGUUUUCUGUUGUUGUUUACAUGCUUAUAUGUUUUAUUCAGUUGUAUUUUAUAUUGUGUUUUAUUUCAUGUUCUGCUUUUUAGGCACUUUGUGCCUUGUGUAAGCCACCCCAAAUCCCUUUGGGAAGAUAGUAGUGGGAUACAAGAAUAAAGUUGUUGUUGGUGGUGGUGGUGAUGGUGUUUUUGUUGUUGUUGUUGUUGUUGUUGUUGUUGUUGGGGUAGCAGCUUUCCCAGGGGCAAGGGGCCCCUUAAAAGGAAAACUGUGCUCAGGGAAACUUAGGACUGAAGGGUUUACGUCUAAGCCUUAGGAUGGGUGCUCAGGGCAGUGUAAAAGCCUCAGUGUUGACAAAAACCACUUCUAUGAAUGCUAUUGUUUCAGAUUGGUACAAUCUACUGGCCUUUGAAUGCUGAGACCAUUAUGAAGAUCCAUGUUAUUUAUAGUACUGGGUUUGGCCAACACUGAGGCUUAUAUGCAUAAAUGAGAGAGCCAAAAACAGGCUAUGAUUAUAUGUGUUCCUGAGAAAGCAUAAACCUGAUGAAGUAAUGGAAGCUUGUGCUACAAACGUCUUUCUCUCAGUUAAUCUCAAAGGUGCUACAUGAUUCUUUUGUAUCUUUAAAUGCCAGCAUUGUUAUGUGAGAGCAACUGAUUGUGUGAGAGGCACCAUUGUCUCACUCUUAAAGGGAUUCAGAAACUGAAACACAAAAGGAAUCUGAUAAUAACAGUGAAGAAGCCAUGAAUGAGAACAAAGUCAAAGUAGAGAAGUCAGUGAGCAGUUUGAGGGUCCUAAAUCCAAAAUGUACAACAGGGUCCAGUGGUCAAGAAGUGAACCGAAGUUGCUUUCGUUGUCCAGUAAAGGAGAUGCUUGUAUGCUUUUAAUGACACUCAGCUCAACCCAUACCCACAUUUAGAGAGCAUGAUUGAUAGUUGUGGGCAGGGCACACACAUUUUUGCUGCUUAACUCAUCAUCUCUCACAAGGAUUUAGAUGUCUCUUCCCCAGCUCCUUUUCUUGCUGAAUUGGAGAAGAACUUGGCUGUUCAUCAGGUCAAGUUUCUCAAGGUGGCCAUAAGUCUUCUUCAUCUUUUAAGGCAGUGGUUUUCAACCAUGUGUGACCAGAUGUUUUGGCCUUCAACUCCCAGAAAUCCUAACAGCUGGUGAACUGGCUGGGAUUUCUGGGAGUUAUAGGCCAAAACACCUGGGGACACACAGGUUGAGAACCACUGGUCUAGUCUAGGAAAACAAACUGUGUGUGUAUGUUUUUCAACUAUGGUCUUGCACCAUGGUCAUUUGUGUCAUCAGCCACCAUAGUUCCAUCAGUAGGGGAAUAUUAAAUACAUACACACAACUGCAUCACAUACAUGUGUUCUCUGACUAAAUCUGUUGGACCACAUUCUCUCAGCCCAGGUUUAUAGGCUUCCCACUCUAUUCCAAAUAGCAUCAUCUUUGGGAUUAUGUCUUUGAGAGCAAACUGCUUUGUGGUGUCUGAUUUAGUUGCUGCCAAAGAAGUAAGGCAAGAGCCUGGGAGCAAGGCAGGGUUUGUCAGAGGCAGGUCUGCAAUGAAGAACAGUAAGAUGAUUGAAGAGAGACCUUUAUCAGGGAGCUUAAAUAGAAACCACACUUUAUGAUAUGACUCCCACAGCUUCUUGUGGGUUUUUGGCCUGUGGUUUCUGAAGGGAUUGUUCACAAAGUCAGUAUGAUGUUAAAGAACUUACUCCCAGGUAAAUAGGUAUGAAAUUGCAGUCUCAAAAAAGCAGUUAUCUAAAGGGCUAUAUAAGAUUUAAAAGGUUGGAUAUUGUGAAUAAGAUUUAAAAGGCUGGAUGUCUCUUUUAAAGUCUGGAGUAAAACCUGCAGUGGAGUCCACUGGCAUAGAUGCAUCUACACUGUAAAAUUAAUGGAGUUUGGCACCACUUUGAUGGCCUUGUCUCAAUGCUGUGGAAUCCUGGGAUUUGUAGUUUGGUGAAGCACCAGCAUACUUUGACAGAAAAGGCUAAAUGCCUUGGGAAACUACAACUCUCAUUAUUCCAUAGCAUUGAGCUGUGGCAGUCAAAGAGCUGCGGUGGAGCAAUGGGUUAAACCCUUGUGCUGGCUGAACUGCUGACCUGAAGGUUGAGUUGCCAAUUCGAAUCUGUGAAACGGGGUGAGCUCCCAUCUGUCAGCUAUAGCUUGCAGGGACAUGAGAGAAGCCUUCCAGCUAACACAUCCCGGCAUCACCUGGGCAACAUCUUUGUAGACGGCCAGUUCUCUCACGCCAGAGCGACUUGCAGUAUGUUCUCAAGUCGCUUCUGACACGAUAAAAAAAGCCAUAGCAGUCAAAGUGGAGUCAAACUGUAUUACUUUUGCAAUGUUGAUGCACUUAUGGAGACCUAACUGUUCUGGGAUGGGGGAGAAGGAUUCUCUGCUGGGGCAUUUGGGCCUUGCUUGCUCCCAGGUAAAUAGAUAUGAAAUUGCAGUCUUAAAGGAUUCUGUGUAUUACUGUAAAAAAAAAAGAGAGAGAGAGAGAUGCUUUUGAAGACUACAGGGGAGUAGGAAGUCUUAGUUAAAGACAAUCACUACCAUCUUCUUCCAUUAGAUGUCCUUCUCCUCCAGCACUUGCUGCAAAUGCUGCUAGUAGCUACUAGCUGGGAGGGUUGUGGACUGUGUGCACAGAUUAAGAAACUAUGGAGAUUCAAGAAUGUUCAUGUUCAUGUACUGUGUAUGAUAAACUAAAAAUUUCUUAUUGAGAAAUAUCUUAGUAGUAGCCUACCAAAAAAAAAGAUGGAGAAGGAUAGAGAUCAGCAUUUUGCUAGUAUUUUUAUAUAUAGUAGAAUUGGAACUUUUAGGAAAGGGAAAUAUGUUGGUAGGUUUACUCACUUCCUCAGGUUUAUUCAGUUCACAUAAUGUGAGCCUAGCUAUGACAUGUCUUGCUCUUUCCUUCCUCACACCACUGUGCUUCCUGCAAAGGAUGUCAUUGAGCACUAAGAUAGAUAAUGACUUCAGACAUGAGAUUGUAUCAUCUGGAUUAACUUUUGCCAUAUGGCUCUGCAUUUACACACACUGAGGACCAGUUUGCAGAAUCCCUCCCCUCCUGUAUGCACACUUUACAUGCAGAGUCGCAUAAGAAUGAAUCUCAAAUCCAUACAAGUGCAUACAUGCACAUACACACAUACCUUAAAGGAUCAUAUAUUUGUUCUGAUAUUUAUCCACCUAACUGAUCUACAUACCUCAUAUUUUGGACCAGACAAUGCAAAUUAUGAUUUGGAUGUGUGUGGGUGUGUAAGUUUGAUGUUCAGGCAUGACCUUCUGCACACAAUGAUAAGGUGUUCACACGUUUCCAUGCAUAUGGACCUCACUGCUUGGACCCUGUGUUCUGCAGGUAAGAUAGGAUUUUGACCUUUCCCUAAAUUGCUUUAGAACAGAAGUGGGGAAAGCGUAGCACCUUUUUGGCCCAUUUUUCAGCCCAAAACUGCUCAGGAAAAGUUCAAAAGCUCUUGGUACCAAAAUUGCAGUUUAUUUAAAAAAAAUGCCUCUAAAACUCCAAUCAUUACAAAAUAACUCUCAACCACUCUUCCAUACUGAGCAAUAUGACAUUGGUGCCAUUUACAUUAGAAGUACUCUGAUAUGGGCACGCUGCUUUAGAAGAACUUAUACAACAUAUACACAUAUGCGUUCAGAUAGUGCCACUCUUGGUGGAUAAGCACGUGUAUCUCUGUGUCUUUAAAUGUGACCUUUUUUCACAGUUAGCACACAGAGAGCAGAUGCAUAUGGAACAGUGAGCAAGUGUUGGCAAACUUGGGAGUUUAAAAAAAGUGAGGUGGGAAAAGAUGGCGAUGCUCAGCUUCUUGGGCGACUGAAAGUACAGAUGGUUAGAUUUCAGUUCAGUAAGAGUGCUGUGCAAUGAGGUUUUCGUACACAGUACAAUUGAUGCCUAUUGGCCUUGUUCUAAUUGACCAGUGUAUUAUAGCAGCCAUGGGUCUGUAUCUGCAUAGGAAACUAUUAGAAAUAUUAGUGCAUGUUCUUUGUAGCAGAAACAAAUUCUUUUCCAGGAAUAUGGACAAAAGGCUGUCUGGGUUGUUGUGAGUUUUCUGGGCUGUAUGGCCAUGUUCCAGAAGCAUUCUCCCCUGACAUUUCACCCACAUCUAUGGCAGGCAUCCUCAGAGGUUGAAGGGUCUGUUGGAAGCUAAGUAAGUGAGGUUUAUAUAUUUGUGGAAUGACUGCAUAGGUAAGCUGAUGAAGAAACACAACAUACAAACAAUCUACAGACCCACAAAGGAAAUCCAACAAUGCGAUGUUCAGCAAAGGACAAGAGAGAUCCUCUCACCUCUGCAGGACUGUACCGUGUACUAUCCACCUGUGGACAAGUCUGCAUAGGGACCACCAAACGCAGCAUUGCCCAAACACGAAUCAAGGAACAUGAAAGGCAUUGCAGACUAACUCAACCAGAGAAGUCAGCUAUAGCAGAGCAUUUGAUGAACCUACCUGGGCAUAUUAUUUGAGAACACAGAAAUACUGGACCACUCUGGCCGCUACCAUGUCAGACUACACAGAGAAGCCACUGAAAUCUACAAGCAUGUGGACAAUUUCAAUAGAAAGGAGGAAACCAUGAAAAUGAACAAAAUCUGGCUACCAGUAUUAAAAAACCUCUAAAAUCAGAACAGUAAAUAAAGAGCAAGACUCAAAAAGCAGGGGAAUUCCAGACAAGAAUCAAUCAGAGCCAGCUAACACCUCCCAACAAAGGAUUCCCCCAGGCAGCUACCAGCCAGGCCUUGAAACUGCGGGCCAUUAAAAUGUUAAUCAAGUGGCCAAUUGCAAAUUUCUGAUGCUGUGUUUUGCACUCUCACCACAUUUAUGCAAUAAUAGCAUGAUUGAUCAAGUUUUUUUCAGCUGCUAUUAUCAUCACCCCAUUUGCCCUGCUUUGUGAUUGAUUAAAAUAGUCAUAAUAUUGUAAUUAGAGUACAAUGUCAUUACAGCACACCCAUCACGGCCAGAUCACACAUUGUCAGAGAUGACAAAGGAGAAGAAAACAAAGGUGCUUAUCACACAAGUCUGCUGUUCAGGCUGUCUUGUUUUAAAACCCCUUAACUGCAUACCUUACCUGAAAUAAUAUCGUAUCCAAUUCUGGACACCAUAAUUCAAGAAGGAUAUUGACAAGCAGGAACAUGUCUAGAGAAGGGUGACCAAAAUGGUCAAAGGCCUGGAAGCCAAACUCUGUGAGAACUAGCUUAAGGGGUUGGGUAUGUUUAGCUUGGAGAAAAGAAAGCUGAGAGGGGACAUGAUAGCCAUAUUUAAAUAUUUCAAAGCAUAUCAUACUUUUUUCUACUGCUGCAAUGAUGAAAUGGAGUAACACAUUAAACUAUAGGAAAAGAGAUUCCACUUGAGCACUUCCUGAUGGUAAGAGUUGUUGACAGUGGAAUAUGCUGCCCCAGAGUGUGGUAGAGACUUCUUCUCUGGAGGUUUUUAAACAGACUGGGUGACCAUCUGUUGGGAGCAUUUUGGCUGGGUAUUUCUGCAUGGCAGGGGGUUGACCCUGAUUCUAUUAAAAGCAUUUAGGGGAAAAAAUCCAAAGAUGGUUUCAAGAGCAUUGAAAGCACGGCUAUUCUCUUGUCCUCUGCGCCAAGCACUGAAAGUAGUCUGAGGUUCCCUGUCAGAGAUUUCCUUCAAAACUCUCAGUGGAGGGAUAAGCAAAAAAAUAUAAUGAGACAUUCAUACGCAAACUAGCUACUGAAUUGUCAUGUGAAAGGAGUCAUUAAUGAUUUUUUUCCAGGUUGAAAAAGAUCGCAUUCUGAAAAACUCUACAACACAAGGAGAACUGCAACCUUGAGUGGUAGUUCUCAAAAGCAGGAAUAAAUCUAUGAUGUUAUAACAGCAUGGUAUAAUAAGGACUAGUGAACUGCCAUGUCUUAGCAGAAAUUUGAACUGUGGCCACCUGAAGUUUCUUGUUCAACAUUCAGACCACUAUAACAUGUUGUCUCUCUUACUCAUUGCAAGCUAUGUACAAGCUUCCACAGUGGAGAGUGGGAAAUGGGACCAGCUUUGUAAGCCAAACCAUGGAUAGGCUGAACUAUUUUGGGACUAGGGGAUGAGGUCGGAGUGGAUCAGGACUUUGCCCCCACUGUAGUCCAUGUAUAAUCCUUACUCUCAUAUCUGGUAGUUGCAAAAGUAGAAACUGUAAACUAUUAACAUCCAUGUCUCCCUUUAACAUGACAUCAGUCAUAUUGAGUCUUCCUCGUAUCCCUUCUUUGCUUUUUGUUCUCAAUCAACCCACCAGGCAACAUACCCAACUUCACAUCUUCUACAGUCUUCAGUUCGAAAACAUGCAAAUAUGAGUAGAUCAAUAGGCACUGCUCCGGAAGGUAACGGCGCUCUAUGCAGUCAUGCCGGUCACAUGUUUUUGGAGGUGUCUGUGGACAACGCUGGCUCUUCAGCUGAGAAAUGGAGAUGAGCACCAACCCACAGAGUUGAUACGACUGGAUUUAAUGUCAGGGGAAAAUCUUUACCUUUACGUACAAAGUCUUCAGUCUUCUCUUUAACUCCUCAUGAAACAAAUCUCCAUUCUAUUUCAUGUGUUCUUCAAAAACCACUCACAAGCUUGGCCAAAAUGUAAAGGUUGCAUGUUUCAUCACAAGCUUCACAAAAGCAGUGAUCUCAACUCUUAAAUGUUGCCCCCCUCCCUCCCAAAUUUGGGAGUAAAAUUCCCCUUGUCCUGCACACACAAAUCCAUUUCAGACACCAAUGCUUUCAUUUCCAGAUAUCUCUUCUAUCUCUUCAUUUUCACCCAGCUGCAUCUUCUCCUUAUCACUCGCUGAACGAUCAUGAGAGAAUGAUUUUGCACAUACUUUCCGGCUGCACAGAGAGAGCUGCUGGGAGAGCAGUCUAUCCAUUAUCCCCAUCCGCCAGCACCUUUGCCUACUUUGGAAGGAGCUUCCUUGUGCCAUCUUCAGCCAAGGAGGAGGCAGCCCUCCAUUGGUCAGCAGGACCUGUGGAGUCAGGCCAUUGCCAUGCCAACCAGGACUGCCUCUGGUUUCCAGGGAGCCUUGCUGUGAAGUGUUGGGUGUGGUGGAGGACGAUGCCAGGCGAGACAAGGAUUUAGGCAGGCAAAGCUUGGAAGAGAGGACUUCUCAGGAGCAGGGGACUGCCAACUGCUUCCCUCCAAGGAACUCAGUGACUGGCUCGGAGAGCUACUUGGCACUACCCUUUCUGUGGUUUCUGUUUUUCCUUCCACUCCAAGCUGCUUCUCCCAGGAACUUUACUGCGUGGAGCUGUGCAUCCCUUGCAUUUCAGAUGAUCAGUUCUAAGCUGAGGCACCAGCAGCUUUUUUCCUCACUAGCCCUGCAUAACAUUCAUUCCCAUUUUCUCUGGAGCUCUAGGAAGGACUGGGACUUUCUGAACAACCACUGAGGUAGGAAGCAAAGCUCUGGACAUGCCUGUUUGAUGGCAUUUGCUACUCUCCCUCUCUCAGUGACUCUAGGAAGACCUCUGCUCACACUUUGCUUCUGUCACCAACGAUUCUAGCUGGAUAUCAUCACAAGUCUCCACUUCCUCCUCUUUCUCUCUAGCAUGCUGUCUGUUUGAGGCCAAUUCUGGUUUCAAUGGGAUUGGCUUUGACUUGGAUGCCUGGGCACUGCCAGAGCCAGGAGCAGAAGACAACAGCCACUACCUCUCAGCCAGCACUUUUAGUUUUCACCCUGCCUUGAGGGUCUAGCUUGGGGAAAGGGAGACAUUUCUUUGCUAGGACGGCACCCCAGCCGGCUUCCACCUUGCCACAGGGUCACUGGCACUAUGACUCACUGUCAGCAUCAAUGCAAGAAACAGCUUGGGCGGGUGAUCCGUUUCUUCUACCAGUUUGUCACUGGGACCCUAUCUCAAGACAGUAUAGAGGAUGAGUUUGAACUCUCGACUGUUUGUCACCGGCCUGAGGGCCUGGACCAGCUACAGCAACAAAGCAAGUUCACCCGGAAGGAGCUACAGGUCUUGUACCGGGGCUUCAAGAAUGAGUGCCCUAGCGGCAUUGUUAAUGAAGACAGCUUUAAGCAGAUCUACUCACAGUUCUUCCCACAGGGAGAUUCCAGUACUUAUGCAACUUUCCUUUUCAAUGCGUUUGACACUGAUCAUGAUGGGUCUGUUAGCUUUGAGGACUUUGUGGCUGGCUUGUCCAUUAUCCUACGUGGCACUAUAGAUGACCGGCUCAACUGGGCUUUCAACCUCUAUGACCUGAACAAGGAUGGCUGUAUUACCAAAGAGGAAAUGCUGGACAUAAUGAAAUCCAUUUAUGACAUGAUGGGUAAGUACACUUACCCAGCCAUGCGAGAUGAAGCACCCCAGGAACACGUCGAAAACUUCUUCCAGAAAAUGGAUCGAAACAAGGAUGGUGUGGUGACUAUUGAGGAAUUCAUUGAAUCCUGCCAAAAGGAUGAAAACAUCAUGAAUUCCAUGAAGUUCUUUGACAAUGUGAUCUAGCCAGCCACUGCUGGAGCCCAGACCUUCACAUCCCCAGGACUUCUCUCCUUGGUGUAUCCCUCUGAGGCACUCUUCUCUUGGAUGCAUGGACAAAGCAGCUUCUUGUCCACACUGGACUGGGUGACUUUUGUAGAGGCAAUCCUCAUUUAUUCAAGAUGCAUCUGGGGAAGUCCCUACAAUGGGAAUUAAUUGGGAGGUUUUGGCUGGGAUGGGCCAAGGCCCAGCAGAGGGAAUGGCUGGGAUUUGCACCCACUUCCUCUGGGCAUUGAAGACAAAAUGGACCAACCUGCUGCCUCCAUCCCCAGGAAACUGCACUGUCCAGUGUUCUCACCAAUCAGUGUGCCCACCCUUCAGGGCCUUCUAAUCACAGCAACCCUGUUGCCUCUCAGUAGACUUCAAGUGGGUUCCACAGUACCAAAUGGCAAUGCAAACACACUGGUUGCAAAGGACUCAUAACGGAGCUGGUGUAUGUGCAAUCUUCCCUCUUCCUUACAUGAGGGGACUUCAUCUGAUAUACACCAAGGUUCUCAUUGCACAUGUGCUAAUACCCUUAUGCUUCCAACAUUUCCUGGCACCAAGGUAUCUUGCAGCCCUGGCAUUAAAUUCAACAAAUCCUUAGCACAUCUGGAGAAGAACUUCAAGUGAAGAAAAGAGGGUUUUGUGGGAUUUUGCUUUGUGGCUUCUUUCCUUGCACCCACAACAAAGAGAAAAUGCUGCACCACUCAAAACAGUUUGGUGCCUUUAGGUUUCAUUCAAAAAUCAGGAGAGGCAGAGUGAAUUAUGCUGGGAUUCCUGUGGAAAGGAAAAAUGCUGAGCACAAUUACUGGGCCCUAGAUUGUCCAUGCUGCCAGUUCCCAAUAAUGCUAAAAGAUGCUGGAAGAACAAGGCAGAGGCAGAGAGGUCAUCAUACUUGAAAUGUAUGAUUUCAAUGGGCAGAGUCUCCAUGUACUUAGAGAUAUUUAUUAAGCACCUUUCACAACUAGGUAUUAAACAGGAAAUGGAUGUUAAGAGCUCUAAUGCCCUUGAGUGAGAAAUGCAGAGAUCAGUGAAGGACUGUGGGUUGCAAUUCAUCUGAAGUCAUGAGAAAAUCUAGUAAUGAGGGUUAAAAGUGGCAUCAACCAAGUGUGGGGUUCUGUCAUGUGCCUUGAGAUGAAAAUUGUGUUUGUGAUGAAAACAUGAGUUCUAUAAUGCCCAUUGACAUAAGGGGAUCAGGGUGUCUGAUAAAGGUAAAAUAGGGGGUGUGAGCAAAGGGCAGAGAAAGUAAGGGCUAAAAGGGUCAUAGAGUAAAGAAGUGGAGAGAAUCUUUGCUGCUCCUUUCUUUUGCCAGUUCUUUCCUUUCUCUGUAGCUUUCCUUAGCUGCUGUCCAUCUCAGUUAUGCUACAUCUUUUCUAUUACUGUACUCAGAACAAGAAGGCCUUGGACCCCUCACUAACAAAAGCAUUAUGAGCAGCCAGCAACUUCAGAACCUAUUUAUAAAGCUCCAAAACAGUAACAGGUUCCGUAAAAGUUUUGCAGCUCUUGCGAAGAGUCCAGUCCACGCUAAGUGAACAAGACUAGUAAGAGAACAAGAAAUAAUGGGGUGGACAAGGAGAGUCAGGGAGCAGUAGGAAAGGAAAAUGAUGUUAUUUUGAUGGUUCAGGAAAUAUUUUGCAAAAAAUAGAUAUCUCAGUCUUUAAGAAGCAUGUGAAUAACAAUUCUGAAUCUAUGUUUAUGCCCAGUGACAGAAGUGGCACUGAAGGACAGGAAAAUCCAAUAGGAAAAUUAAGCAAAGAGAAGAGAAGCAGCCUGGUGUAGGGAUAUGAAGUGUGGUCUAGAACCCUGAAAUUUAUUACAGCAUGAUAAUACUCAAUUUAAGAGGAGGGGCAUGUGAUAAAAAUAAAAGAUGGAAUUGGUUGAGGCAUUCAAGCAGAGAGAUAUGACAAAAGGCCAAUAAUUAAAACAAAAUGGCUGAAAUCUAGCUAAGGGCUUUCUUAGAGGAGAAAUUGGAGCAAGAAAGCUAGCUACAGUACAAUGACAAUUUUGAUGUAAGCAAUGCAUGAAGAAACGAAGAUGAUGCUAAAGGCAGUGUGUGGUUCUUUUGGCCACAUUAAGUUGAGGCUACUCCACUCCAAUCCUCCUACUUGCCCUUGUUAUGGUGCUCCAAAAUAUGCUGAUCUAUGGGGGUGAUGGGAACUAUCUUCCAACACAUCUGGAGAGCACUGCAUUGAUGAAGGCUGCUGCAUCAAAACAAGAGAUGUGUGUAUGGGACAAGGUGGUGGCCUAUAAGCAAAUUAAAAGUUGAGGAAUGUGAAUAUAUGAACAGCAGAGACAAUAUUCUCUGUCCUAGGUCAUCUAGUUUCCCCUAAAGUACACAAGCUGCUCCAUCACCAUUUAAAUAUCCAUCCACAGUCCUUCUUUUAUCACAACCUGCAGUUAUUCUCAGUAUAUCGUUGCUGCUGUUCCUUUAUUUUAACAUCUGGACAUUCUAACAUUUGAUCCUGCUAUUUCAACCUGCUAGUAGUUUCAGCUCUGAGUAAGCAUUAGUACUUGAAUCAAGCUUCAAGGCCCUGCUGAAGCAAGAGCCCCUGGUCCAGAGAUUGCAGGCAGAUUCAUUCAAGAGAGACUCUUCCAAAUGGGUGGAAGGAUUGGAUUGAGACUGGUGGGUAGAACUGGCUGGCUCAGACUUUAUUAGCUAUGCAAACAGACCUCCAUGUGCACUAGACCCCAAAUGAGGCUCUUCCCCUUCCUGAGACUGCCAUGUCACCUCCUGCCAAUCCAUCACACCACCCUGAAGGACUCUUUAAUCUCUAGGUUAAAUAGUGGAGCAUCACAGCAGAGGUCCGGGUCUGGGGGCAGCACUAAAUCUACCCAACAGUUUUCAUUUAAUUUGUAACUUCCAAGAGCUGUAAGUUCAACUUUCUGUACACCACUUUAAAUUGUUCCUUUCUCUUGGCUUACAUUUCCUUCUGCCUUUGCCUCCAGUUGGUUUUAAUCAGUCAAACGCCCCUCUUAAUCGUUCCUAAACCCACACAUACAUAUUCUUCAGUGAAACAAUUUCUAACCCAACAUGCACUUUUUGUACUCCCUUGUCUUCCAUCGAUGAAAAGCAUUUUCUGUACACAGAUAUUUCCUUAAUUACCUCAUUUGUUAUCCCUCACCAAAAUCUUUGGUUCUAUUUAUUAAGUUAAAAAUACAACAACCCACAAACACUCAAACCUGCAGAAGGAAAGUAUCAUGAUGGUGGUGGUGAGAAAGUAUCAUACCAAAUCUCACUCAGACCAGCCCAAAUACUUUGGUAUUGCCCCAUUAUUCUGCAGUUGUUUCUUGGAUAUUUCCAGGACAGCGAAGAGUUUGUGUAUGUUUGGUGUCAAAGCAUGUUAAAAAUUAGCAUGUUAAAGUAUUUGAUUUAACUGUCUUCACCCAGUGGCGGAUCAUCUUUCACUAUACAAAAGGUUUCCAAGUAGCCAGGAUUUGGAUGCCUGAUGAUUGUGUGGAAAUUCACAACGGAGAGGAUUACAUUUGUAUUUUAUAUCCCAUACUUAACAGUCAUUAUACAAGGCUGUGCUACAUCUAGAAGAAAGUAGUCCUGCAGCUCGAAGUGGGUCUUUAGAAUGAUCUUACAGGAUCUGGUAUAUCCCCACUUCUCCUUUCCCCCUUAAUAACAACCUAACAUGGGUUAUCUGGAACAGGGAAUGGGAUUUUAAUGCAUGCCUGGUUACAAGAAGCAAAGCAGAACAGGACCAUUUGAGUGCUGCUGUGUGCAAAAAUGCAAAGCAGAAUUAGUCCAAAAAGGCUGUUUUAACUUCAGCUCUAAACUGGCUAUCUCUGGGCUACAUUUUAAAAAGAAAGGCCAAGGAGUACUUUCUCUUAUCUUAACAGCUACGUUGACUGAAAAAUGCUAACAACUGCAAAAUACAUAUACAAGAAGAUACAGUACUUCAUACUGUGUUAGGCUAACAGCCCAUCCAUCUCGAUACCAUCUGCCUCUAGAGUUUUGGGUAGAGUUGUUUCCCUGGCCUAUUGUCAGUUUUCCUUAAAUAAAAUGUGAACAUCAGACCUAUAAAAACAUAAAGUCUGCUUCCUUAAAAUGCCAGGUAUAGUCUUAACUCUACUAGAAAUUACACUAGGGAGCUAGGAAACAAUAAGGGGAUGCCACUUUAUUAUGGUAUCUACAGUGAACUUUCCCACAAAUCCAGCCCGCGUAACUUCAUGUUAAACCCAAACCUUGGAAGAGUUACUUUUUGGACUACAACUCCCAUCAUGCCUGGCCAAACAUGGCCAGUUGCAAUCUAAAAAGUAACUUUUUACAAUUUGGAACAAGGGCUUGUAUCCCUUUCUGAGGAGAAAAUGCCCUACAGCUUUAUACCUAAGAAACAAAUCCUAAGACCACACUCUUAGUAUCACUUUCAGCAGAGACUCCCCUCAUUUUGACAGCCUUGGAUUAAACCAUUAGUAAUAUGAUCACCAAAUUACAUACCAUCACUCUUUUAAUGCAUGGCAAUUUCAAACUAUGUGAGAUGUUAUGAGUGCAACAGCCAGGUUAUUCUACAAAUAAUGAACAUAAAAAGCAGGAGGGCACAAGCUCUUCAUCUGCUGUUACUCUGUACUCUCUUUGUUCUUAUCAUGGUGGUUCCAUUCAGAAUAUUCCAUGAUUCUGCAAAAAUAAUUUCCUAACCUAACACAUCUUUCACCAUCUUGCACAAUGUUAUUUUGUUUGAAUAUAUCUCCAUUUUGUUUCUUGAUGUACCUAAUCUGAUGGCUAUCAUGACACAAGUGAGGCUGCUAUAUUCAGGCUGGGAAGUUAUAGUUUUGUCUUGCUGUCUACUCUUCCCUUCCUCACCGACAUGCCAGCAGCAUCUUUCUACCUGUGCUGUCACUACAGUCAUCCAGUAGAGGCCAGAUGCUCACGUCCCACUGUACUAGUGGGGCACACCAAGCUCUGUUCUCAGCUUUGCAUUUUCAACUCUGUAUAUUUUGUAUAAUAAUGAUCAAAUAUGACAAUAAAAUGCAACCACAAUGGCUAUGCACAAACACCAAAAAUA